AUGGCUCCAGCGUCACAAAAGAUCAAAGGCGGCUUGUUGCUGCUCUCCCUUGCUGUCAACGGUAGUUCAGCAGCUUACGCAGGUUUCUCCUCGUUGAAAACGCUCUUCACUUUUGGUGAUUCGUAUACGAGAACCGGCUUUGUUGUUAGUCGGGCACAGCCAUCCGCAUCCAAUCCUUUUGGCAACCCAACCUAUCCCGGACCUACCAGCGCAAACGGAGAGAACUGGAUUCAGCAUUUAACAACGACCUACAACGAUUCUCUUCUUCUUACGCACAAUUUUGCGUACAGCGGCGCGACUGUCGACAAAAGUCUGGUUACCUCCAGCAUUGAUGUCAUUACACAGAUCGAGAACCAGUUCCUUCCUUACUAUAGCGCUGCUAACCAAACCUGGGAUCCCACAACGACUCUUUUCGGCUUCUGGAUUGGUAUAAACGACAUUGGAAAGUCUUAUACCAACGGGAACUCUACUGAUCUGCAUCCUCUGAUCUUUGACCAGUAUGGGGCGUUGCUGGAGAAGCUCUACGAUGCUGGGGCGAGAAAUUAUCUUUUUCUCAAUGUGCCACCUCUAGAACGAAUGCCAAGAACGACCCAGUCAAGUGCCGCAGCAACCCGUGUGCCACUGGAGAAAGCUGCCGUGGAAGACUGGAAUGGACGUCUCCGUGUCUUGGCUCGGGACUUGAGAAAGGCACACGAGGAUGCGACAGUCUUCCUUUACGACACAUACGGACUGUUCGAGAGGGUUAUUGACACCCCUACUAGAUAUCGCGAAACAGCUGUCUAUAAAAAUUCCACCUCAUACUGUACAGCAUAUCAAAAUGGUACACCAGAGCCGGAUACGAAAUGGGAUAACUGCACUUAUGCUGCAAACGAAUACAUGUGGAGAGAUAGUCUUCACCCAACAUCUCCUGUUCAUGCCCUUCUGGCAAAGCACAUUGCAAAAUUCUUGGAAUGA